CACAACAACCAUAACUCUCUCUCUCUCUGUUAUUGUCGAAAUUUCUAACAUCUCUCUCCCUUUGUUCAUUAUUUUUUAUUUUUUGGCUGAUUGAUUCUCUCUAGACGGCGUUUUUAAAACCGGAAAACAUGAGCCGUCUCCGAGCAUUUUCUGCACCGGAUUUAGUUCCUUCUGAUUCUGGAUCUAUUACAUCAUCACCAACAAGAACCAGAGACCACCCAUCUCAUGAAGAUUCUGGCUUAGAAGGGAUUACUACGAACGUGAAGCUACUCCUGAAACUCGUUCAAGAUCACAACGAAGCAACCUCGAGGCAGCACGAUGACUGGAAGGUACAGAGAGUCAAAACGAUGAUGACGAUUCUCGAGGAUCUAAAGACACGAAUCCAGAAAGCUCAACAACAAUCAUCAUCAUCAUCAUCCGGGNGCAAAAACACAACAACCAUAACUCUCUCUCUCUCUGUUAUUGUCGAAAUUUCUAACAUCUCUCUCCCUUUGUUCAUUAUUUUUUAUUUUUUGGCUGAUUGA